AUGCCUGGUCUUAUAGUGUGGCAACCCUUAACAAACGAACGAACUCAUCUCUUCUUCGAAGAAGUGAAAAAUUCAAAAAAGGAGGGUAAUUGGAAAUCGAAAACUGUUAAAAUGAAAAAAAUAUCGCUAAGUGCUCGUCUAGAGUAUGUUCGCACAUUCCAUAAAUCAGCAGCGAAUUAUAUGCUUGAAUUUGAGCAAUCGGAAUCUGCAAGUAAUGCCGCAGAUUUUGUGUCGUCAGCCACAAGUGAUUCGCUCUCCUCUGGGAACACAAGCGAAGCUUGCAUUUGUGGACGCGGGCAAAGGGAGCCACAAUGGGUGGAAUGCACCAAAUGCCACAAAUUCUUCAAAGGACGUGUAUCAGCAAUCUGCAAAGCGCAUCCGAAGGUUAUUUAUUUAAUGGAUUUCAACUGCUGUCCUUCAUGUGGAGGCUCCAAGAAAGACUUGAAAGCAAAAGUACGGCCAAAAAAAUCGUCCCUACAAGACAUUUAAUAGAUAAUACUUGUGGCGCCUGAAAUCAAUGAACUCGUUACUCAAUUUGUUUUAAACUUCUUAUUUUAUU